AUGCUUCUACUACACGAUAAUGAUUUCAACGUUCGAUCGACUGCGCGCCAUGCACUCCGUAAAUUAAGUAAAAUAUUACCAACGAGUGAUCUGAUCAGUCGAUUGGCGAUUGCAACUAGAGACACUAACAACUACGUUCGUGCAUGGGCAUAUGAAGCUCUCGGUCAACUGGACCAAAAGGCAUCCAUGAGCGAGGUGAUCUAUCAAUUAGUGACUGCGCUUCGGGAUCCAGACGAAGACAUCCGACAAAGUGCAUGUACAGCACUAAUUCAAUUAGGUGAAAAGGGAGCAACGACUGAGGUCAUCAGUCGAUUACUCACUAUACUUAACGACAGUAAUAAGUAUGCCCGAUUAAAAGUAUUUUAUGCUCUUGGCAAAUUAGGUAAGAAGGCAGCAACCAGUGUGGUGAUCUGUCAAUUAGUCCUUGCGCUUCGUGAUAGUGAUGAGUCUGUUCGAUCAAGUGCAUGUAAAACACUCAUUCAAUUAGGUGAGACCGCCGCAACAAGUGACGUAAUCUGUCGAUUGGUUGUUGCACUUGCGGAUACUGAUGAGCAUGUUCGGUCGAGUGCAUGUAAAGCACUCAUUCAAUUAGGUGAAAAGGCAGCAAAAAAUGAAGUGAUAAGUCGACUGCUCGAUGCACUUACGAAUUAUGAUAAGUAUGUUAAGUCGAAUGCAUGCAAAGCUCUGGGUCAAAUAGGUAAACAUGAAGCAGCCAGUAAUAUGAUUAGCCAAUUGGCGAAUGCGCUGAGGGAUAGUGAUAAAUAUGUUCGGUCUAGUGCAUGCAGUGCUCUCGGGCAAUUAGGUGAAAAGGCAGCAACAAGAGAGGUGAUCAGUGAAUUGGCUAUCGCGCUUAGGGAUAAUGAUGGUUUUGUUCGAUCUAGUGCAUGCAAUGCUCUGGGUCAAUUAGGUAAAACCGCAGCAACAAUGGAAGUGAUCAGUCGAUUAGUGAUUGCCCUCGGUGAUAGUGAGAGGCACGUUCGGUCGGGUGCAUACAAAGCAGUCAUUCAAUUAGGUGAAGAAGCAAUAACAAAUGAUGUGAUAAGUCCUCUCGUAAAUGCUCUUGGUGUUAAUGAUAAGUAUGUCAGGAGAAUGGCUUGUAGUGCUCUCGGACAGUUAGGUGAAAAGGCAGCAACAAAUGAGGUGAUCAGCCGAUUAUUCAUUGCGCUUAGGGAUAGUGAUCAAUAUGUUCGGUCAAAUGCGUGCAACGCUGUCGGAGAGUUAGGUAAAACGGCAGCAACAAGUGAGGUGAUCAGUCAAUUAGCGAUUCCUCUUGGAGACAGUGAUAAAUAUGUUCGAUCUAAUGCAUGCAAUGCUCUUGGUCAGCUAGGUGAAAAGGCAGCAACAAGUAUGGCGAUCAGUCUAUUAGUAGUUGCGCUUGGAGAUAGUGAGGAGUAUGUUCGAUCAAGUGCAUGUAAUGCUAUCGGUCAGUUAGGUGAAAAAGCAGCAACGAGUAAGAUAAUCGAUCGAUUGGUGAUCGCUCUUAGAGAUAGUGAUCAAUAUGUUCGAUCAAGUGCAUGCAAUGCUCUCGGGAAGUUAGGUGAAAAAGCAGCAACGAAUAAGGUGAUUGAUGGAUUGGUGAUAGCUCUUAGAGAUAGUGAUCAAUAUGUUCGAUCAAGUGCAUGCAAUGCUCUCGGGAAGUUAGGUGAAAAGGCAGCAACAAGUAAGGUGAUUGAUGGAUUGGUGACUGCACUUGAUAAUAGUGACCAAUAUGCUCGUUCGAGUGCAUGCAACGCUCUCGGUCAAUUAGGUGAAAAGGCAGCAACGAGUAUGGUGAUCAGUCAAUUGGUAAUCGCGCUUGGGGAUAGUGAUGAGUUUGUUCGAUCGAGUGCAUCUACUGCUCUCGGUCGAUUAAGCGAAAAGGCAGGAGCAAGUGUGAUGAUCAAUCGAUUGCUGAUUGCAGUGGGAGAUAGUGAGGAGUAUAUCCGGUUAGUUGUAUCGAAGGCUCUCUAUCAAUUAACUGAGAAGGCAGGAACAAGAGAUGUGAUCGGUCUCUUGGUGAAUGUUCUUUAUGAUAGUAAUAAGUAUGUUCGAAUGGAUGCAUAUAGUAAUGCACAGCAAUCAAGUUUUAUGAUCAGUCGAGUGAUAAAUGUGCUCAAUGAUACUACCAAGCAACAUUCGUUGGAUUUAUCUGAUUCGCUCGGUCUAAUAAACGAAAAGGCAAUAACAAAUGAGGUGAUCGGUCGACUCGUGAUUGCUCUUGGUGAUAGUGACAAGUAUGUCAGGAGAAUUGCAUGUAGUAUUCUGGGUCGAUUAGGGGAAAAGGCAGCAACAAACGAGGUGAUCAGUAGAUUGGUGAUUGGGCUUCGUGAUAGUGAUGCUGCUGUCCGGUCACAAGCAUGUUACGCUUUAGGUGAAUUAAGGGACAAGGCAGCAAUGAGUAAUGUGAUCAGUGGGUUGACCAUUGCGCUUGGUGAUAGAGACGAUAAUGUUCGGUCGAAUGCAUGUUGUGCUUUAGAUAAAUUUCCAGAUAAAGCUUCAUUAACUGUCUCACAAUAUGUUUCACUAUUUAACUAG